CUUCAGUUGCCUUCAAGCUGUGCUUGUGUAAGCAUACAUUUUUUUUUUUUCGGAAAUUUAAGUCAAAAUUGUACAUUUAAAAAUGAAAUUGGCAAUGCAACAUUUCAAAAUUAUAAAUCCACUUUCCAAAAUCAUAGUACCCACCGUGAAGCAGCUAAGCACUGCAAGGGUUAACGCUCUACUUUUGAAUGUGCCAAGAGUACAGAUCUCGUCUGGAAAAAAUAACUACCUUUUAAUGAUGAUACAUUUGCAUGGUAAAACUCGCUAUGGCAGGACAAUUGUUCGUGGAACAGACUCUAAAUCCCAUGAGGAAAUUUACGCCGAAGUGUUGGAUGAAAUGGAUGCCAUUGGCAUAUGCACAAAAGCCUUGGGGGGUGGAUUUAUAGAAAACAAUGAAUCCAAGAAAAAAAUGAAAAUCUAUGGUUGUUGCAAAACAUACGGCGAGGCACCACAUGGUAGAACCAAGGAUAUUUUACUUGCAUGGACUAAAUAUAAAGACUUUGACAUAACCGUUGCAAAAUAUAGAACCUAAUGUAAUAAAAUAAAAAACUGUUAAAAUAAAGCAACCAUAACAGUAACGACUAA